AUGCUCGAUUCCCUGCGUGAAACUCUUGUCACAAUGACGUUUCAACCAGCAUGCUCUCCAACCUGGAUUAUGCCUUAUCAACCACCUAGGUACUGCAUACUUUCUAGCACUGUCCUACAUCGCUGGUCAGGUAUAGAAAACGCCAGCUGCCUUACUCAGGACCCAGCUAAGCCACGCCAGGACGCUCAUGUCAGGAAUGAAGACGGAUCAUAUCCACAGCGAGUCUGCAUAGAUAUAGAUGCCCGGCAUCUAUCCAACGUGGGAUCCCCCUUAAGCCCCCUCACCAAAACUCCGGCGCGGUGUGGUCAACGCAACCGCGACAUUGAACCCAGCUCGGACUCUCGUUGGUUCUUGAUUCUCGUCGACAGGUGA